GGGACGCUUCUGCAGUGAGUAACUCACACGGGUCCAGGUCCUGUGUAUACGGAUGUAGACGGCCACAAGACGGAAAAUGGCUGGCCUUGCUUCUGAGGAACCAUGGGCGAAAGGGAGCAUUUAGGGCUGAGGAGACGGCUCAGGAGAGAUGGAGGGCCUUAUUGUAUAACUCCUAGCUGACCUAGAACUGGCUCUGUAGAGCAGCCUGGCCUGGAUUUUAUAGAAAUCUACCUGUGUCUUCUUUCUGAGUUCAGGGAUCAAAAGUGUUAUCAACUAUGUCUGGUCAAGAGGCAGCUACUAGUGAAAGACAGUGACUGUUUCCAAGACGUUAGGCAGUGGAGAGUUCAUCGAGAAGUCACCACAGAAAGCUCCCAUUACCUAAAUGACUUAUAAUGGUCUUCAGUUGCCAAAGAAGGCUGUGGAUGCCAAAGGAAAGGUAACCAGUUUCUCCAGUGCAUUUGGAUGCCUCUAGCAGUCCAUCUUGGCUGGCUGUAGACAUGGCAGACAUGGCCAGUUACAAGGAUGCUGCCUCCAGUCGCCACCUACGAUUUAAGUUACAGAGCCUGAGCCGCCGCCUCGAUGAGUUGGAGGAAGCCACAAAAAAUCUCCAGAAAGCUGAGGAUGAGCUCCUGGACCUCCAGGAGAAGGUGAUCCAGGCGGAGGGCAACAACUCCAGCAUGCUGGCUGAGAUUGAGGUGCUUCGCCAGAGGGUACUGAAGAUUGAAGGUAAAGAUGAGGAAAUCAAGAAAGCAGAAGACCUGUGUCAUAUGAUGAAGGAGAAACUUGAAGAGGAGGAAAACCUUACCCGAGAGCUGAAAUCUGAGAUAGAGUGGCUUCAGAAACGAAUGGCUGAUUUAGAGAAGCUAGAAGAGGCCUUGAGCAGGAGCAAGAAUGAAUGUUCCCAGCUUUGUUUGAGCCUGAAUGAAGAGAGAAAUCUGACCAAGAAAAUCUCUUCUGAGUUGGAAAUGCUCAGAGUCAAAGUGAAAGAACUGGAAUCUUCGGAGGAUCGCUUGGAUAAAACUGAGCAGAGUUUAGUGUCAGAAUUAGAAAAGCUAAAAUCAUUAACCAUGAGCUUUGUAAAUGAGAGAAAAUACUUGAAUGAAAAGGAGAAAGAAAAUGAGAAACUAAUAAAAGAGCUUACUCAAAAACUGGAGCAGAACAAGAAAAUGAGCCGAGAUCAUGCGAGGAAUGCGUCUACCCUUCUGGAGAGGAAUGACCUGCGCAUCGAGGACGGUAUCUCCUCUACACUGUCGUCCAAAGAGUCCAAAAGGAAGGGCAGUCUGGACUACCUAAAGCAGGUUGAGAAUGAAAGCAGAGACAAAUCAGAAAAUGAAAAGAACUGGAACCAGGAGGACAACAAAGUCAAAGACCUCAACCAAGAGAUUCAGAGACUUAAGACCCAAAUCAGACACUUCGAAUCUUUGGAAGAGGAGCUUAAGAAAAUGAGGGCUAAAAACAAUGACCUUCAGGAUAAUUACCUAACUGAACUGAAUAAAAACAAAGCCUUAGCUAGCCAACUAGAGGAGAUAAAGCUGCAAGUCAGGAAACAGAAAGAGUUAGGAAAUGGGGACAUAGAAGGGGAAGAUACUUUCCUAUUGGGCAGAGGCAGGCACGAGAGGACUAAGUUCAGAGGUCAUGGGGGUGAGGCAUCCAUGUCCAGGCAUAUACCCCGGGAACUGUCUCCUCAACAUAAGCGGGAAAGGAUCCGGAACAGGGAGUUUGCUCUUAAUAAUGAAAAUUAUUCUCUGAGCAACAAGCAGGCUUCUUCUGCUUUCACCAACAGAAGGGCAGCAAAAGCUUCCAACAUGGGAGUGGGUGUAGACAAUGGACCUCAGGAGACAAAGAGAGCUGAAGACCGAUUUGUACCUGGGUCCUCUCAGAGUGAAGGAAAAAAGUGUAGGGAGCAGCCAUCAGUGCUUAGCCGUUACCCGCCAGCUGCCCAGGAGCACAGUAAAGUUUGGAAGGGAACUCCCAAGCCAGGCACUGAGAGUGGACUUAAGGGGAAAGUAGAAAAGACAACUCGAACAUUUAGUGACUCCACCCAGGGACCUGUUCCCAGUGACACAGUGGGUAGAGGUGAUAAGACUUCUGAGAUCUCCUCUGAGGCCCACUAUGGCAAGAGAGGACAGGUGCCUGGCAAUGGAAGUCAAGUAACUCAGGCUGCAGAUUCUGGCUGUUCUAAGGCCACCGGAGCUCUGUCCUCAUCUCAAAGAGCCUCCUCAGAAGGGAUUUCUAAGGGUAAAAGGGCUGCUAAUGGCCUGGAGGCUGAUGCCAAUUUUCCAAAUUCUAAAGCUCCUAUUUUAUCAAAGUAUCCAUAUAGUUCAAGAAGCCAGGAAAAUAUCCCUCAGGGCUUUUCAGUGCCAAAUAAAGAAGGCCUUGAUCAGUCUGUAGCAGUUGUGAUGGAAGACAGCAGUCAGCAUGAAGCCCUGAGGUGUCGUGUCAUCAAAUCCAGUGGCAAAGAGAAGCCGGACUCAGAUGAUGACUUGGACAUAGAAUCUCUUGUUACUGCCAAGUUGGUGAACACAACUAUCACUCCGGAGCCAGAGCCCAAACCACAGCCAAACUCUAGGGAAAAGGUCAAGUCCCGAGGAGGACCUAGAACUGCCCCAUUUGAAAAUGAUAAAAAUGCUGCAAUAGAAAAUGAAUCUGUGAAAUCUACCAGAGCUUCCUCCAAUGCUGUUGAAUUCCCAGAUGCCAAUGGUGCUGGGGUAAAAAACCAAAGGCUCUUCAGCCCCAGAGAGGCCCUGCGGUCUAGAGCAAUCAUAAAACCCGUUAUCAUUGAUAAGGAUGUGAAAAAAAUCAUGGGAGGAUCUGGGACUGAGGUUGUAUUGGAGAAGCAGAAAUCCACCUCUAAACCUGUGCCAAGCAAAGUGACAAGCAGCAUCACCAUCUACCCCUCUGAGAGCAGUGGCCCUAGAGCUGUCCAAGGAGAGACCCCAAGGGAGAGGCAUACCUCCACCAGCAACAUCCAGGUGGGGCACCCAGAGCUUACAUCAGUUAGCAACCAUGUUAACUCCCCCCUUGAGCUCUCUAUUCAUAAACAUGACAUUACCCUGCAGCUCACAGAAGCUGAAAGAAUAGGAGAUGGGUCUCCAAAGACUAGACUAGAGACAGUGGUCUCUCGGAGCAGCAUUCUCAUCAAGCCAUCUGAUUCUGUGGAGAGGAAUAGUCAUGCCCCUCAAGCUGAGGCAGUCAGGUGGAAAAGCCAUAGUGCCUCUUCGGAGGUGAGCUCCUCAGACACUAGACACGUCACUGUGCGGAAUGCCUGGAAGAGUAAGCGAGACUUUAAAUGUUCAGAAGAUGCCCCAAUUCGAGUAGGUAGGCACAUGGAAUCUACUAAUGCCUACAUACACAGGUCUUCCACAGACUUCUUAGAGCUUGAACAGCCCAGGCCUCUCCCUUCUGAACAGAGCACUCGAAAGGUAGGAGAUGCAGGGGAUGCUCCUGAACUCCCCUCUAGAAGGACCCAAAGUAGCCUCACUGCAGCAGAGGUUAUCACCCGGAGGAACCGGAUAGGAGAUGCCAUCACUGCCACCUCCUGGAAUCACUCAGCAAGCGUGGAGGAAGGAGAAGACGGCACAUCUGUUACCAGCAGGCAAGUGCACAACGCCCUGGAGCAUUCUGAACUGCCUGGGAAGCAGGGCUUGCCAGAGCCUGGAGUCUGGGCUGAGGAGCCGCUACAGCCAGCCAGGUCUUAUGCUGCCGAAGACUAAGCCAGCUAGGUGAAGUCUGCUGUUUCUUCCCUCCUCCUGCUUCUCAGCUCCUCCCCUUUCCUGGCCUGUGAAGGCUCCAAGGCCCGUUAAUCAGGCUAGAAACAAGGCCUUGGCUGGAGACUGGAGAGCCAGGCUGUGGCUCAGGUAAUUUUUGCCAGUUGCCCAGUAGGAUCAGAGACUACAAACCAGUCACUCAAGCCAGCCUUCCCUGAUGCAUGAGUAGUCCUCUCUCCUAUGCCUGUCCCCAAGGUAGCAUGGACCACUCUCAGACCCUCAAAUGGGAAGCGACAGAAACCCACCACCAUAUAGAGGCAACCAAAAGCUCUCUUCUGCUCUUUGGUGAGCUGUUUGUAUAUCAAAUCCCAGCCCCUUUUGCUGCUGCUGUCUCACCAUAUCCACUUGGUUCUUCCUUUGCCCUAAGAGAUUCCCCUUGGAACUGUCAGCCAUCAUUUCCAUCUAGGGGGCUUGCUUACAUUCCUGUCUUUGAGUUCUUGAGAAUUUGGAAACAGAAGAAGAGUCUGUGCUGCUGCUCCUAAGGAAUUAUGGGACCACCCUUAUGUUGAAGCUUCCCUGAAUCAGCUUUUGGCUAACCAGUUUCCUGGAGGCAGAGCAUGAUACCAACUGGAUUGAUACUAUCCUGCAGCUCCAGCACUCAGCUCACCUUCCAAAGGCAUCAGAAACAGACAGAUCUCAUGCUUCUCCUUUCCUGGGCACCAACAUUGCUGCUGGUAUCACCUGUGUUCUCCCCAAGGCCUGGGAACUUCAGCCAACUUCAUCAUUCUCAUCUUGGGGAAAAUCCCCAGACUGAGCUGGCUGAUCCAGCAUACCCUCCCUGCCUUCUAGGAAGUGCCCAGCUAAUGGGAAAGCAAACAAGAAUAAGUGAAUUCCUUUAGUCACUCCACAAGCAAUAGCUCCAUGAAAGGCAUGGACUGACUGCUCUCUCUUUCCUCCUCCAUCCUGUGGAGGAGGCCUCGCACUUUACCCUGCUGACUGCUGAUGGCACCAUUCCCACAAAAGCAAGCCCUUGGUGUCUACGAGUAGAUCAUUAUUUCAGUGAUUUCACUGGAGGAAAGUCAAUACCUGCCUGUUGAGGGCCUCAGAUUUAUGCAGUUCAAAGUGCAUUACGCCUUUUAGGAAGGCAGACAAAUAAAAAACUUUCAUCUCCUUAUACCAAUCACACAGGGAGGUUAAGAACUGUUUACUUGUUGCUGAAUUUUUUGAAGCACUCAAAGGGAUCCUCCAUGGCUACCUAAGUGGAGUGGAUGUCAUUGCCUUAUCAUUAGACUAGGAGUCUGGAAAGCCACCUUUCCCCAUCCCUCCUGGCUUUGUCACUCCUUGCUCUGUGACCUUACGGAAAUCAUUGUCUUCUUGGAGCCUCAGUUUCCCCUAUUUUGAGAUGUUCUUUGUUGGUCAUUCAUUUGUUGCUCACAUGUGUGUAUACACGUGCGUGCUGGGGUUGAACGUAGGAUGUGGCAUGCUAGGCCAGUGUUGUCCCACUGCUGUUUCACAGCUCAGAAUGAGUUCUUUGGAGUGGAUGAUCUCUAAGGCCUUAACUUUGGUGUUCUAAGUUUGUUUUCACCGCUCGGUGUGAGCUGACUCUUGCUUUUGAAGGUGGUGUCCACAGGAGUCUAGGGAAUGUGUUUAAGCCUUCAGUUGUCUUCUGGGUCUUAUGCUUUCUCCUUUCCUCAUGCUUCUGUCAUGGGGUUGAGCUCAGAGACUUUCCUAAGGCCUAUCUUCAGUCUGAAGUGAAGGUUUUAGAUUGGGUGGUCUCAGGUCUAUGUGGCACAGGCGUUUCCCAGUGCCACAUUUCCUGGCUUUCAAGCUAGGUGCUUUCUAUAACACAAGUUGGAUUGAUUCCUGUUUUUGUGCCUCUUCCUGUGAAUUUCCUAGUGACAGGGAAGACUCAGGACAUCCUCAGGAGGACUGAGUAGUCUCCUCCACCCUUACUCAGCACACACACACUGGCACUCAUCUGCCCUUGUCUGCAUCAGACUCAGCCAUCCUGCCAGGGUGUGGGGAGAUCUACUGUGGUUUUUUGUUGUUAUUGUUUUGUUUUGUUUUUUAAUCCCCAGGGUCAGGAACAACUUGCUAGCAUUUGUGUUUCAGUGGAGUUUUGCUAACCUGAGGGCAUUGCCAUGUGUCUUGCCUCCACAUCCCAGCUUGAUGUACAACUAGGGUAGUGUUUUCAAGAUCUGUUCCUGCUGCUGCUUUUGGGUCGCUGGCCAGAUACUCAUUUAAGGCUGCAACCUCUCACUUGCAGUCCCCCCCCCUGCCACUCUCCUGUACCAGUUGGCAGCCCUGAGAGUUCAAAGGAAACAGACCUCUGCGGUGGUCCACUGAAGAGUAUAGGAAAUUAAGUCUGUGGCUCUUCUCUGCUGAUAGAAACAGGGGCACCAAGCCCUGCAUCUAAAGAUCUCGCCAAUAAUUUUUGUCUUUGGGUGUUGAGCCCUGGAUUCUGGUGCUGUAGCUCCUGGUGCCAAAGUCUGGAUCUUUCCACAUUUCAGCAGUAUCAACACCUGCUGCUAUUCGAAAUGUUCUGUGGAAAAGGGACAGCGAUGGGCUGCCAUUUUGAAAAUCUGAGUGCAAUAGCAUUUGAUUGUAACAGUUAUUUCAGGAUAUUAUUUCUUUAAUCUGCACACUUGGUAGAACCGCUGUAAAGUAGAUCUAUUUUUAAAUUGCAGACACCAUUUAUCCUAAGCAAGUGAAGUUUGGAGGGUUUGGUUCCUCUGGGCUUCACAUGGAUGAACAGGCUGGCUCUGAUUCCAACGUUGGAUAGCACAUCACUUCUGAAAAAAACCAAGAUGUAACCUUUGGGCCCAAGCUGGAUGCUAGAGGAAACCUCCAAAUAGAAGAGACCCAUAGUCAAACUGUUGUCUAAUCAAGCCAAAUAUUCCCUUAGUCCCCAUAAACAGACUCUUUUAUGACAAGUAGUCUGGGUAGAUGGCUAAAUUGAGCCAGCAGGUAUGUAUCUGUGAGUUCUGAGUAAGGAACCUAGUUCUAGAACUGCUUGGCUGAAGGAGGAAGAGCUGGCUGGCUAAAUGCCGGGAGCUGGUGUCCUCCACCUGUUCUGUUACCUGCCACUCGGGUACUGAAACAGUCAGAAAAGGCUGCAUGGUGGCAGGCAGGAAGCUGUGGCAGUGAACAGUUCAAAGUAUGAGUUAAAGGGAUGUGUGGGGCCAAGGCUACAGGCAAGCUUGCACACCAGUCAUCCCUCAUGCAGCAGGGGCCGAUGCCUAGAGUAAUAGUGGACUUCUUGUCCUGGCAGGGUUAGUUGUUAGCUUUAGUGGGAUGCAGAGGCUGGAUUUCUUCUCUGACAAAGACUGCCUUGUAAGAGCUGCUUUUUAGGGAUUACCUUUUCAACACCCUGAAUGGGGAACAGGGUUCUCAACACCUCAACCAAGGUCAUAGGAAAGAGGUCCUUUUUUCCUGCUGCUUCACAGCUCAGAACAUGUAUUGAACGGAAUGUAUUUUUAAGAGAAUAAAGUCUAUUUUUUGUAUUUUAAAGGUUGGGAGGGCUAGGAAGAUAGCCCUUAAAUCAACUUAUGCAUAAUAGGCCUUUUGCUGGGGCCUUGGCUCUGUUGGUCCACAUCCACUUGCUCAGGCAGGUGGCUCUGGCUUCACUCCCGCCCCUUGGAGUCUAGGUGCAGCAGCUUCUACAUUCCUGCUCCAAGUACGGGACCAGAGAGGCCAGAACCUGCCUCUGGAAAGCAGGGCACAGCCACGGGCAGUGGCUCAGGGCUCCUUGGGUGCAUGUGUAUAGUUGAAGCUGCCUGUCUGCAUGUGUCCUUAGGCUGUAAUGCUCUCUGUAGGCUCUGCAGCACAAUAUAACCAAUAAAGCUCCCGUUUCCAUA